CUUCUUGUCUGACUUGUGAGCAUUGGGUUGAUAGUUACAGCAAAUCAUACAAGACUACAAAAGGUAAACAGUGAGUAGUUUCGAGAUGUCUUUCUCAAGAGCGCCUUUAAAAAGGUUCAACGAAGCUGUCGGUUGUGCCCCUGCACCGGGCAUCUACGACAUUAAAGCCGAAGAACCAAAGGGACCUGCAUCCUUUGAGAGAUCUGAUCGGUUUAAGCAUUCUAAGGCAGUGCCUCCAUCAUCCCCCUCCGGAGUCACGCUGAUGUCUCCAGUCAGAAGAACAAUAUCAUUUGAUGGACUGGUUGACAGGCCAAAUACCAGAAAGAAAGAACAUUCCAUGACCUUGAAAAUGAAACAACAUCAACUUUUGGAAAAAGAGAUCCGCUUACUCGUCCAGCAGAGAGGGGAGCAGGACCGUCGGAUAUUCUUUCUUGAAGAGGACCUCAAAAAGGCGGAGGCUAAACUUUUGGCGGCAGUUAGGGAAAAGACCUGCCUAACUGCCAACAUCACCUCCCAUGAAAGACAGAUAGCUGAACUAAAGAAAGUUAAUGAGCUGUUAAAAAACAAGGUUUCAGCUGACACAACAAAAAAAAAGAUCAAUUCAUUGACAAUGGAGCUAAUAGAAGCUAGGAACAAAUUGGACUGCAAAAAUAAGGAGUUCAGUGUUCUACAGCUCAACGCUGAUGCUCACCUCAAGGUGUUAGAAAUGGAUCUAAGUGCUACCAAGGAUGCUGUCAAAUCGCUCACAGACAGAAAUAAUGACUUGGAGGCGCUCCAUCAAAUGAUGAAAACCCAAAAUGAUGAGUUGGAACAGCAGAAUGACAGAUUACUUGCUGAGAUAAUUGAGCUAAAAGCGGAAGUCAAGGUUGUGCAGGGGUAUUUGGAUUCAGCCAAUGAUCAGAUUCAGGAACUCCGCUUAAAGCUUCAAGACAAAGCACAACAGGAUAUUCUCUGUAAUGCCGAUCAGCAGAACACAAAAGACCUAGAAGAGAAGCUAGAGCAGUGCAACAUAAAGCUUGAAUUUACUGAACUUGCUCUGAGGCAAAAAGAGGAGGAAGUGCUGAAAUAUCAGCACGCGAUGCAGUGCUCAAAAGAAGAUUUUUUAGAAGCAGACAGAAACUUGAAAAGCCGAGAGUUGGAGCUUAAGGCUUCGCAAAAGUCAGUGGAUGACUUGGAGACGCAAAUGAAAUUUAUCAACCAAGAAGUCCAGGAUUCCCAAGCAACAAUUAGUCAGCAGUUGACAGAGUUGGCUCUGCUACAGCAGGUGCUCCAAAAGACUGAGAGGGAGAUGGAUGAAAAAGUGGCUAAUCUUGAACAGAAGUGUAUGAAUUCGGCAGAAGAGAAAAACAAAAUUCAAGAGGAUGCCUCCAAGAGAGUGGAAGAGUUGACCACUGAGCUCAAACUGCUCAAGGAUGCUAACCGAGAUGAGGAAGAGAAACAGAUUCAGCUCCAGAAGAAACAUGAUUCCGUCAUUGAGGAACUAAUGAAAGAAAGGGCUCUGGUAGAUUCUCUGACUGUAAUACUAGAGCAACAGAGGCAGGAGUCGGAGGAGUGUCGGAAUCAGCUAAAUGAGGAGUUGGAGGAAGUGCUAGGAGAACUAGCUCUCAUGGAGGAACAGGAGCAAAGACGAGGUGAAGCAAAAGAUCAGGGUCAGAAGGAAGUCGUCAUGCUGAAGAGACAACUGAGUGAAACCAGAGAACUUUUGGAGCAUAAGAGCAAUGAAAUUUCAUUGUUGAAAGAUGGGCAUUCAUCAAUCAUGAGAGAACUCCAAGAAGCAUACACAAGCUCCCUGGAAAAAACUGAGGAGAUGUCUAAAGAACUAGAAAGUACUAAAGAGGCAUUAAGUAAAGCAGACGAAAGCCGGGAGAAAAUGAAAGAAGAGAUGGAAAGAUUGAUCCAGCAGAUGAAGGAGGAGAGUGACAACGUGAUUCAACAAAUGAGAUUGGAGAAUGCAAGAGUUUUGCAGGAGACACAGGCUUGCCUCUCUCAAAAAAAUCAGGAGAUGCAGAUUAUGGAGGAGAGCCAUGCUAUGAAAAUCUGUCUGUUGGAGCAGGAGUUACAGAGACAGACAAAAGACAAUGAAAAUGCACUGAUGCAAGAAGAAGCGCAGAAAGAGGCUCAGCUUCGCUAUCGGGAAGAAAUGGCCCAGAAACAGCUUGAGGAAGUCUGCCAGGAAAAGGUAAACAUAAUGGAACAACUGCUGCAAGAAAAAGAGGAUAAAAUUAAAUAUCAAGCAGAGCUUGAGGUGGAAAGGGCAGCCCUGGCGGCUGAAACUCAAGACAUCCAAAAUCUUAAGUCCGAUGUUUUCAGACUACAGACUGAGCUCAAUAGAUUGAGUGAGGAAAGAAUUCAGCUCCUCUCUCAAAUUGAACUCUCAGACCAAUCAAACCUGGCAUAUAAGCAUCAAGUGGAGGUGGUUGAUACAGAAAGGAAACAGGUUCAGUCUCACUUUGAUGAACUUCAGUCCGAGUAUAUGAAUCUUCGUGCACAAAGAGCCCUCAUGGAAGAGAAGGUGGAGGGUCUGUUGAACCAAAUAGAAGACCAACAGCAAGAACGGUGCGCUCUGCAGCACCAGAUUGACACACUGACUCAAGAGAAGGUCACACUUCACUGGGCGAUUGACGAGCAGCAAAAGAAAGUUCAGGAACAAAUGAUUGACGCACAAGAUAAGAAGUCAAAUUCUGAGACUGAACACUGGAGGACAAAGUAUGAAGAGCUACUUGCUAAAAUCAAACCUUUUGAGGAGCAGUUGAAUAACUUUGCUGCUGAGCGAAAUGCACUCCUCAAUCUAAAUGGAGCGAACCAGGAGGAGUUAAACAAACUGUCAGAUGCUUAUGCUCAUCUGCUGGGUCACCAGAACCAGAAGCAGAAGAUUAAACACGUGAUUAAGCUGAAAGAUGAGAAUUUUAACCUGAAACAGGAAGUGAUGAAGCUUCGCUCUCAGUUGAGCCGUCAGAAGAGUGAUCUGAGUACCCUGAAAUCAAAGCUUCCAGAUAAUUCUCAGCGCAAGUUUGAUCCCAGUAAAGCAUUCCAACACAAUAAGGAGAACAGACGCACUGAGGCAGCACCAGCUUUGAAACAAGAGAAUCCCACAGCGAAGAAAUUCUUCUAGAUUGCAACAGCAAUGGCUGAGAUUCUUGUCUCUAUGACUAUUGAUCUUUAAAGUAAAUAGUACCUCCAAGUAAUUAUUACUGGUUCUUUGUAUUGAUUUAUUAACAUAUUUUAUAGUGUUUGUAUUAUUGCCUUUAGUACAAUUUAGACAAUAAAAGUCGGCCUUGAUUUAUAUUUUUAAUGUCGUGCCAGGACCCUUCCAAUAAAAGUGUAUUGAUGCACCGCUAGUUUUUACCUUAAGAAAACACUGAUCAACUUUUUUGUUUUUUAUAAAUCUGUUAGUAAACAGUUGACAUGCAUAAUUGUUAUAUGACACUGUCAUGAGCAUUAAUGAAUGCUUAUUACAGAUGUCUUUAAGUGUCAUCCGGCAAUUUAUAUCACUUUUGAAUGGAUGUAAAAGAUCUGGACUGGACAUAAAUGGAGUUAGUGACAAAAUUUGUUGGAUGACACUUGAUGGCAUCUGUCAUAAGCAUUCAUUAAUGCUCAUGACAGUGUCAUUUUGUAUUUAUGACGGUCUUAUGACGCCACUGUCAAAGAAAGUGUUACCAUAUUUGUGAAUUUGGUGGCAUCUUUGAGCAGGUAUAUGCAAUGUAGUCAACAUUUGGGGGUGGGAUAAAUACUAAAUUCAAGUAAACAGCAGAAAACUGGUGAAUGCACAUUUAAAAUGGAACUACUCCAGUGAUCCCUCGCUACUUUGUGCUUCAAACUUUGCGGCCUCAGUCCAUCACGGAUUAAAAAAAAAAAAAAAAAAAAAAAAAAAAAAAAAAAACUACAAAUGAGCUGUCCCGAGCCAAUCGCAUAGUCUCACGUUCGCUCCCUCUCUCUCCCUGCUCUUUGUUCAUCAGAGAGUGAACUGGAGUUGCUUAUUAAAGUUAACGAUGAUUGACAGACGUGAUAUAUAUAUAUAUUUUUUUUAUUAUUAAUUAUACUUUGAGGAAAGGGUGAAAAAGCAUGUCUUAUAUGUAUCGCUUCCCAUUGAUCUGAAUAAAUACAUUUAACUAAAAAAAGUAGGGUUUUUUUUUUUUUUUUUUUUUUUUUUUUGGAGGGAAGGGGGCGCUACUUUGCGGUUUUUCACUUAUCGUGCUGGUUCUGGUCCCCAUUUACAGCGAAAGACGAGGGAUCACUGUAGUAGGCUUAUUGUAAGUAAAUAGUAGCACUGUAGUUGUCAGCUUUUACCUAAGACAUGUUCAAAAAGGUUAUACUAUAGUACUGUCCGUGCAGUAAAUUAGAGCAAGCUCAGGGGCUUGUAAUUGGGUGCACGUAGUUCCAUAAUGUAAAUAAAGGAAUCUUUAAACACCUGCUAAUGUGGC